GUUCUUAUCCUUAAGGGUCUCAAGCAGGAGGUCAGUUGCCUCUGCCCCUCUCCAGAUGGGUUGCAUUUGGCUGUUGGGUAUGAAGAUGGAUCAAUCCGUGUCUUCAGCCUCCUAAGUGGAGAAGCGAAUAUCACCUUCAACGGACACAAGGCUGCAGUUACAGCCCUGCAAUAUGACCAUCUGGGUGGCAGGCUGGUAUCUGGCUCAAAGGAUACAGAUGUCAUUGUGUGGGAUGUCAUCAAUGAGAGCGGUCUAUACCGGCUGAGAGGACACAAGGAUGCUGUCACUGAAGUCCUUUUCUUGAAGGAAAAGAACCUGUUGGUCACCAGCGGCAAAGACACAUUGGUGAAAUGGUGGGAUCUGGACACCCAGCACUGCUUCAAAACUCUGGUUGGACACCGUACUGAGGUUUGGGGGAUGGCUUUGAUAUCCAAAGAGAAGCGUCUCAUCACUGGGAGUGCUGACAGUGAGCUGAGGAUGUGGGAUAUCACGUACAUCCAGGAGGUAAAAGACCCUGAUGAACCAGAAUCCAAGAAAAGCAAAGGGUCUUCACCUGGAGCAGAAGAAAACACUGAAGAGGAUGAGACCCUAGAGUUGGAUGAGCGUCCUGAGGAACGCCUCGUAAAGUGCACCAAGAUUGGAUCUAUCAUGCGGGAAGGGAGAGACCGAAUAGUUACUCUUGCCACAGACCAAACGGGCAAGGUUUUGGCCUGCCAUGGAACAGAUGCUGUUCUGGAAGUGUUCUCUGUCCUUUCUGAAGAGGAAAUCCAAAAAAAAUUGGAAAAGAAAAUGAAGAAAGCAAAGAAAAAAGCCAAACAGAACUCUGAAGAGGAGCCUGAAAGUAGUGUGGAGCUGAGCCUGCAGGAGGAGAUUCAACGGGUCAUUAACAUCAGAGCUUCUUCUAAAAUCAAGUCAUUUGACUUGAUUCUCUCUCCAAAAGGAGAGCUGAAGAUUGUACUGCUGCUCCAGAACAACAUCAUUGAGUCGUACAACCUGAACCUGUCAGCACAAGUCCCACAGGCUGUCCGUGCAUCCAAGAUAACCAUUGGAGGCCACCGCAGUGAUGUCAGGACGUUGGCUUUUAGCUCUGACAACAUUGCCAUUCUCUCAGCAGCCGCAGAGUCUGUAAAGAUUUGGAACAGAUCAACCUUGCAGUGCAUCCGGACAAUGGACUGUGAGUAUGCACUCUGCUCGCUCUUUGUCCCAGGAGAUCGGCAGGUCAUCAUUGGCACCAAGACAGGGAAGCUGCAGUUGUAUGACCUGGCUUCUGGGAGUCUGAUAGAGUCACUUAAUGCUCACGACGGGGCAGUGUGGUCCAUUGCUCUUUCACCAGACCAGCGUGGCUUUGUGACAGGAGGUGCUGAUAAGUGUGUCAAGUUCUGGGAGUUUGAACUUGUGAAGGAUGAGAGCAGUGUUCAGAAAAGGCUUUCGAUGAAACAUGUGCGCAUUUUGCAGCUGGAUGAAGAUGUGCUCUGUGUGCGGUACAGCCCCAACCAGAAACUGCUGGCUGUCUCCUUACUGGAUUGCACUGUGAAGAUUUUCUAUGUUGACACGCUUAAGUUUUUCCUCUCUCUAUACGGACACAAACUGCCAGUGCUGUGUAUGGACAUCUGCUAUGAUGGGACUCUAAUUGCGACUGGCUCUGCUGACAGGAAUGUGAAGAUUUGGGGCUUGGAUUUUGGGGACUGUCACCGCUCUCUCUUUGCCCAUGAUGACAGUGUGAUGUAUCUGCAGUUUGUGGCGAAAUCCCAUCUCUUCUUCACAGCUGGGAAGGACAGCAAGAUAAAGCAGUGGGAUGCAGAUAAAUUUGAGCACAUCCAGACACUGGAGGGGCAUCACCAGGAGGUGUGGUGUUUGGCACUCAGUCCCAACGGAGACUACGUGGUGUCGGCAUCCCAUGACAAGUCCCUGCGUCUCUGGGAAAGGACAAGGGAGCUACUUGUUUUGGAAGAGGAGAGGGAGAUGCAACGAGAAGCUGAAUAUGAAGAGAGCGUGGCGAAGGAAGAGCAGCCUGUGGUGGCUGGAGAGACGCAAGGAGAGACAGGGCUGCCAGGAAAGAAGACUAUUGAAACCAUCAAAGCGGCUGAGCGGAUCAUGGAAGCUAUCGAGCUGUAUAGAGAAGAGAUGGCAAAACUAAAGGAACACAAGGCCAUAUGCAAAGCUGCAGGAAAAGAGGUUCCCUUUCCUGUCAAUCCCAUCCUCCGUGCCUAUGGAAAUAUUACACCUUCUGCAUAUGUGCUAGAAGUUUUCAGGAAGGUGAAGUCAAGUGAGCUGGAAGAAUCUCUCCUGGUGCUGCCCUUCUCCUAUGUCCCUGACCUGCUUAGACUCUUCAAUGAAUAUAUUCACCUGGGUUCAGAAGUUGAAUUCCUGUGCCGAGCUCUCCUCUUCCUGCUCAAGAUACAUUUUGGGCAGAUCACAAGCAACCACAUGCUAGUGACGGUGAUAGAAAAUCUGAAGAAAACCACCAUCUCCAGAGUCAGUGAGGCCCGGGAUGUGCUGGGAUUCAACAUGGCAGGGCUACAGUACCUGAAGAGGGAGAUUGAAGCCAAGGAUGAGGUGACGUUUUUUGCUGAUGCUACUGACCGUUUUGAGGAGAAGAGGAGGAAGAGGAAGAAGAAAGAGAAGAUGGUUCUUGCAGUGCUGUAGCAUUUGCUGCCCAAGACCCAGAGCACCUGGAUGGGGUCAUGUAACCUCAGUGCUGGCCAUGGAGGCGUUCUUGUGGCUGAUGUCCAGUGACUGGGACAAAGUCUGU